GACCGUCCCUGAUCACCAUCAUCACCAUUCAUCAUUCAGCACCAUCCUCCUCCGCCUCUUCAUCACCAUAGUCUUCUUCAGUGUUGUUUUGAGAGCAGAUCGCCGCAUUUAAGCAACGAGUGGCUUGUUUUCAGGCCCACAGUCAUGACCAAAGAGGAGAACCUGGAGAUGCAGGAAAAGGAGAGGCAUGAGCGCGAGGAGCAUGAGGAGGAAGAGGAAGAGGAGGAAGCCAGGGUCCAAGGGGAGGAGGACGAGGAACUGACCGAGGAUGAGGAGGAAGACGACCGAGACCAGCGGGAGGCGGAGGAUGAGGACGAGCGGGCCGAGGAAGAGCGAGAGGAGGAGGAGCGAGAGGAGGAAGAGCGGGAGGAGGAGCCGGCCGAGAACGAACCGCUGUCCGUGUCGGCGCUCCAGAGUCCCCUCCGAGAGAGCCGACGACGCCCCAUGGUGCACCCUUCGGCGCAGGCGCCCCUGCCCAAAAAUUACGCCUUCACAUUCUUCGACCCCAACGAUCCGGCCUGUCAGGAGAUCCUGUGGGACCCCCGGACCACCAUACCUGAGCUGUUCGCUAUCGUGCGACAGUGGGUCCCCCAGGUGCAGCACAAGAUCGACGUCAUCGGCAACGAGAUUCUGAAACGCGGUUGCCACGUAAACGACCGUGACGGUUUGACGGACAUGACGCUUCUUCACUACAGCUGCAAGGCGGGCGCACACGGUGUCGGCGAUCCAGCGGCGGCGCUGCGUUUAACCAGCCAGCUGAUGUCUCUGGGCGCGGACGUCAGUUUGAGGAGCCGCUGGACCAACAUGAACGCUCUGCACUACGCCGCCUACUUUGACGUGCCGGAACUGGUCCGAGUCCUGCUGAAGGCCGCUAAACCCAGAGUUUUGAACUCCACGUGCAGCGACUUCCACUACGGAACGGCUCUGCACAUCGCCGCCUCCAACCUAUGCCUGGGCGCGGUCAAGUGUCUUCUGGAGCAUGGCGCCAACCCCGCCGUCCGGAACGAAAACGGGCAUGUACCGGCAGAGGUGGUCCCGGACCCCAUGGACAUGAGUCUGGACAAGGCCGAAGCGGCCAUGGUGGCCAAAGAGCUGAAGCAGCUGCUCCUGGACGCCGUCCCGCUCAGCUGCAACCUUCCCAGAGCCACCUUGCCCAACUACGACAACAUUCCCGGGAACCUCAUGCUGUCCUCGCUGGGCAUGAAGCUGGGCGAACGUGUGCUGCUGGACGACAUGAAGAAGGGUACUCUUCGUUUUUGCGGGACUACGGAGUUCGCCAGCGGCCAGUGGGUGGGCGUAGAGCUGGACGAGCCGGAGGGCAAGAACGACGGCAGCGUGGGCGGCGUUCGCUACUUCAUCUGCCCGCCAAAACUCGGUAUCUUCGCUCCGGUGUCCAAGAUCACCAAGUCAGCGGAGCAGACCGCGUCCUCCGUCACAUCUACUCCCAAGACCCCCCGUGCGGAUCUGGCCUCACGCCUCACCGGGAAGACCAAGAAAGAGAAGGAGAAGAAAGAGAAAGCCCUGAAGAAGAAGUCGUCCGUCGUCAGUCUGGAUCCGGAAGGACUCAACGUCGAGGUCGGAGACCAGGUUUUGGUUGCCGGGCAGAAAAAUGGCAUUGUGCGCUUCUUCGGAAAAACAGACUUUGCUCCAGGUUUGUGGUUCGGCGUGGAGUUGGACCAACCCACCGGCAAGCACGACGGCUCCGUGUUCGGCGUCCGCUACUUCAGCUGUCUGCCUAAAUAUGGCGUAUUUGCCCCACCCUCCCGAGUCCAGAGGAUCGGAGGACCUCCAGAAGGCUCUCAGAAGAACAUGAAGAAAGUCCACCAGGUCACCAUGUCUCAACCCAAGCGGAACUUCAACGCGGUGGGUUCUCCGAAAGAUCUGACCUCCGAGAGCUCCAUGUCCAGGUUGCUCUUCUGCUGUUGGUUUCCGUGGAUGCUACGAGCCGAGAUGCAGUCCUAACCGGCGAAACGUCCCAUCCUGUCUCCUGAUUUCCGCUCGUGUUUCCAAACAAUCUUCUCGCUUAGCUGUUCCAAAUCUUUUAGUGCCUUGUUGAUCAAACGUACCUGCUGAAGAAACCCUCGCUUGCUAUUUGUUCACUUUUGUUUUCCCUCAGAAUCUCCAAAGUUGAACUUCGUUUGAGUGUGGACAAGCUACUCUUCAGUCUUUAGAUGCGUAUCUGAUUCCAGUCCGAUUCCUCCUCAAAUCUGAUGAUUCUCACUAUUUUGAAGCAAGUGUCCAUUUCAGAUCAGGUCAAAAACCAUCUAAGACCGAGAAGAGUCCUGUCCAAAUCUGAUCUGAAGCCACCUCCCAUAUGUGGUUUCAGAUCAGAUUUCUAUGUUUUGUGACUGUUCAGCCUAGAAAAAUUGCCAGUCUGAACGAGGCCUUUUGUCGGGUGACAAAGGGUUUCUCGGAAGGUACGGAGAACGAGUUGGAUAUACAGAAGCAUAUUGCUGUCAUUGCCCUUCUGGAAAAAUAAGACCACUAUAAUGUUUUUACAUAAUAAUGAACUAGUCAUUUAAAAUCGCGGUUUUUAUCAUGUAGUAACAUCUUUAUUACUGUGUAAAAAAUUUUUUGACAUGACAUUUAGCAUGUUUUUAAAAGGUUGAUAUGUAAGAACGAGGCAUGCGAAAAUCUGUUAUGUGAUACACGAUAACUAAUUUAAAAAUGUGUUUAUCACGUUUAUUAGUAUGUAAAAAAAUUUUUUUUGACAUGACAAUUAGCAUGUUUUUAAAAGGGCGAUAUGGAAUAAUUAGUCAUGCAAAAAUGUGUUAUUGUAACAUAUGGCGACUAUCAUAUAAUAGUGUGGUUAUUAUCAUGUAAUAACAUGUUUGUUAUCGUGUAAAAACAAAUUUUGGACAUGACAAUUAUCACAUAUCGCCCUUAUAAAAACAUGAGUCUUGCGAAAAUCUGUUAUGUAACACGUGAUAACUAUGAUUUAAAAUUGAGGUUAUUAUCAUGUAAUAACAUGUUUAUUAUUGUGUAAAAAAAUUGACAUGACAAUUGGCAUGUUUUAGAAAGCGCGAUAUGUGAUAACUAGUCAUGCGAAAAUGUGUUAGGUAACAUGAUAACUUUCAAGUUAAAAUGUGGUUAUUAUCAUGUAAUAACAUGUCUAUUAUGGUAUAAACAUAUUUUGACAUGACAAUUAGCAUGUUUUUUAAAAGGCAAUAUGUGAUAACAACUCAUGUGAAAAUGUGUUAUGUAACUCACGAUAACUAUAAUGUAAAAAUGUAGUUAUCAUGUAAUAACAUGUUUAUUAUUGGGUAAAAAAAUUGACAUGACAAUUAGCAUGUUCAUGCAAAUAUGUGUUAUAUAACACACAAUAACCAUCAUAUAAAAAUAUAAAAUAUAUAAAAAUUUGGUUAUUAUCAUGUAAUAACAUGUUUAUUUUCAUGUAAAAAAAGUAAAAACCGUUGAGCGUUUUUACAUGUUAAUUAACAUGUUUUUGAGGGGGUGAUAUUAUGUGAUAAGUAGAUACUAAAAAUUAUGUUUUAAAAAAUGUGCUAAUUAUCAUGUAAAAACGCUAUAAUGUUCAUGUAAAAAAGUCCAAACGUAUGCUUUUGCCUGUUAAUCAUCAUGUUCUUGUUCAAAUGUGAUAUUUAUCACAUUUUUGCAUGAUUGUUAUCACAUUUUUACAUAAUAGUCACCGUUUAUACAUGAUAAUCAUCAGUUUUACAUGAUGAUCAUCAUGUUUUUACCCGAAAUGCCAUAUUUAUAUCAUGAUAACACACUUUUGCAUGAUAAUAUUUUUUGCGUAAUACUAUCGCAGUUUUACGUGAUAAUCGUCCCGUUUAUAUAUGUUUUUUUACAUGAUAAUAACUUUAUACAAGUUAAUCAUCCUGUUUUUUUUUUUUUUUACCGAUAUGACAUGUUUACAUUAUGUUAAAAUGUGAUUUUCAUCACCUUUAUACACGAUAAUCAUUCUGUUUGAAAUGAUCAUCAUGACAUUUUUACAUCAUGUGAUAUCAUGUUUUUGCAUGAUAGUUAUCACGUUUAUACAUGAUAAUCAUCCUGUUUUUACAUUAUAACCAUUACAUUAUUACAUGAUAAUCAUCAUGUUUUCCCUGAUAUUUCAUUUUUACAUCCUGUUAAAAUGUUAUAUUUAUCACAUUUAUACAUGAUAAUCAUCCUGUUUUUACGUGAUCAUCAUAUUUUUAAAUGUAAUCAUCACAUUUUUACAUCAUGUCAUAUCAUGUUUUUGCAUGAUCGUUAUCACAUUUUUACAUGAUAAUCAUCACAUUUUUACAUCACGUGAUGUUUAUCAUGCUUUGUAUGAUAGCUAUCAUAUUUUUACAUGAUAAUCACCUUGUUUUUACACGUUAAACAUCCUGUUUUAAAUGACAAUCAUCAUUUUUACAUCGUGAUAUUUAUCACAUUUAUACAUGAUAGUUAUCACAUUUUUACAUGAUAAUCAUGCUGUUUUAAAUGAUAAUAGUCAUUUUUUGCAUGAUCAUUAUCACAUUUUUACACGAUAAUCAUCUCGUUUUUACAUGAUAAUUAUCACAUUUUUACAUCAUGUGAUAUCCCGUUUUUGGAUGAUUGUUAUCACAUUUUUACAUGAUAAUCAUCCUGUUUUUACAUGAUAAUCAGCACAUUUUUAAAUCAUGUCAUCAUGUUUUUGCAUGAUCGUUAUCACAUUUUUUACAUGAUAAUAUUGUUUUUACAUGAUAAUAAUCACUUUUACAUGAUAAUCAUCCUUCUUGUACUUGAUUAUUUAUCAUGUUAUCAUUUAUCAUGUUAACAUUUAACAUCCUAGUCAAAUUUUCGUACGAUAAUCCGUGUUUUUUCACAAGUUAUUACAUAUUUACAUGAUACUUCUGACACUUUUCCAGUAAAAAUGAUCUUUUUUUUUUUUUUUUUUACCAGACAUCACAAUUUGACAUUAUGCUAACAUGAUAUUUAUGACAUUUUUCCUUGAUAGUUUUUCCGGUGUGUCAGCAAUAUGCUUCCGUGGACAAGUGAGUUGAAAUGUUGCAGAGCCAAAACACGCAAAGCGAGCUAAAACAUGCACCUAUGAUGGCGUUUAGAUUUUUUUCGUUAAAGCCUUUACGUUGCUGCCUUUCGAUUUUUAGUAUUUUUUAUUUCAAGUAUUUGGAACUUAUCAAAUAAGAUGCUCUUAUUGGACGUCAGUGACACGGAAACAUAAUCGCUCUGUGUCAGGUUUAUCCCCCCGUUUAUCACCGUCAAUGGCGGCCAACUUCAUUCGACCCACGUUACUCGGCUUCGGCCACUAGGCGCCACCAGUGACUCACUAGUGUCUUGUUAGUUCUCUAUUGUAAUUCAUACAGUCUAUAUAUAGAUAUCGAUACAGUAUAUAUGAAUGGAUUAUCUUGUACACAAGCAUCCUUCCAACUUUACCAAGUGGACUUUCGGUUCUGGCCGUGUUUUUGGGUUCUUUUCAUGGCGUGCGCGUGUGUUCCUACGGUUCACUGCAUGCUGUGUACUCUUAUCUCUGUGGACUUUCUCAUCUUCUCAUUAGCAUGGAAAAUAUUAACAACUACUGUCAUUCACUCGAUAUACAAAAUAAAGGAUUUGAUGG